AUGAAUUUCUUUGAUGCCUUGCCUUCUUAUUUGGAGAAGAUUGAUUAGGAAUAAUACAGAUAAGAAAUGGUACCUGAAUGGCUGAGAUUAUAUUUGGAUUAUGAAACCCUUGAACAUUUGAUGAUCGUGGCAGGAGAAUUUCGUCAUCAAAAAAAUAGUCUUAAGAUUGUCAAACCUAUGAAAUAUUAUGAAUUGGUUUAAAAUUUAGAAAUAAAAGAUAAAAUAGAUAAAGACAAAUCUUCAUUAUUAUUAGUUUUGGAUUAGGAAUUAUAAAAAAUAGAAUCAUUUAUUCUUUAUAAGUAUUAAGAUUUAUUAUGCAAAUCACAAUAAUUACAAGAGUAAAUAAAGUUAAUGCAAAUAUAGGACUAAUAUCAUAAAAGAAAGAAAGAGUGUUUAAAGCAAUAGUUCUAUGAACUUUAUAUGUAAUAGUUAUAAUUUCAAUCAUUUAUUUAAUUGCACACAAGAAUUAUGCAGUAACUCUAGUAUGAAGUGCAAUACUGUUUUAAGAUUGACAUUUUAGUAAAAGACAGAGCAAUACUCGAUUAAUUAAAUCUCAAAUUGGAUGAUGACAAAUCUAAAACCCAUUAAUUGUUAAGCUUCAAUUUUUAUCCUUAUGAUCCAGAUACAUGCAGAAAAAAUUUGGAAAAGUAUUCAGCAAAGAAAAAGGCUGGAUCCACAAACAUUUAUUUAUUUGGGCUAUUUUUUGGCGUUAGUGUGGUGGUUAUAACAAUUUUAUUAUUGAUGAGAUUGGAGGGUAUGUUGGAUCCUGAAAAUGAAGAAUUAUUUUCUCCGAUAUUUCCUUCAAUUAGAGGAGGUGGGCUAUUACUAAUAUAUUAUUGGUUAUUGACUCUGGAUUAAUAUAUAUGGAUUAAAUAUUAAAUUAAUUACAAACUUUAUUUAGGAUUUAACCAUCACUUCUCUACAUUAACUGAAGUUAUUAAAAGAGUAAGUUUCUUAAGCACUAUAUAUUUGCUGUUAUUCUUAAUUACUUGCAUCUAAGUCGAAGAAAUAGCAUUUAAAGACUAUAAACAAAUUGUAAAAAUACUUCCACUUCUAUAUUGGGUAAUAUUUUUUGGCUAUUUAUUGAUUCCAACAAUUAAGAAAUUCAAUGGGCAAGGUAGACGAUGGAUGUAUAGAAUGCUAAAAGGGGCUUUGUUCACCCAUUUUCUAUCCUAUGAUGCUAGAUACACUUUUGUUCUGGAUUAAUUUGUAUCUCUUUUUUCUCCAAUAAGAGACCUAGAAUACACAAUAUGUUAUUAUUCGAACGAUUUAUUCAAUGAUAAUGAGGAGAUAAUACAUUAUAAGGAGUGUGAAUCAGGACAGCGAAUAGUAGGAGACAUAUGUUUAGUAGUUGUAUUUUCUCUAAAAUGUUUACAUUGUUUAACUUUGGCUAAAAAAAAUGGUAAAUUUUACAACACUUUAGAAAUGUGGAAUUUUUUAAAGAAUUUACUUGCUGUAUCUGUUGGUAUUGUUGGAUGUUUGAAUAAAUUUGAUAAAACUGAUGCCAUUUUAUGGAUAAUAUUGGCUGGUACAUUCACAAUCCUAUAAUAAUAUUGGGAAAUUAAAAAUGAUUGGUUAUUCUUAUAACCAGAUUCUAAAUUUAAGUUCUUAAGAAGUGAUUUAGCUUUCAUUAAUCCACAUUUCUAUUAUUUUCUCAUUAUAUUAAAUAUGUUUGUUAUUUCAGCUUGGACAUUUACAAUCAGUCCUUAAAUGUAUUUAUAUUUAAAGAUUCCAAACUAGUAACUAUUUAUUAUGAUUGUGGGAAUCAUGGAACUAACAAGACGAUUUAUUCAUAAUUUAAUCAAAGUUGAAAAAGAACAUAUCCUCAAUCUCAGACGGUUUAGAUCAUCUAAAGAUUUAGUAUAUCCUUUCGAAUAGAAAGGAGAAAUCUUAGCAAAGGUUCGAUAAUCCAAUGCUUACAAUAUAUCAGUCCUUGAAUUUUAAAGGUUGUCUUAAGAAUUUACUAGAAAUACAUAACUGAACUUCAAUAAGCAAGCGAUUGAAAUACUAUUAUAAUAACCUUAUGAUUAAUAAAUAAUGAAGAUGAAUAGUUCAAUAGAUCGAAAAAAGAUCAGAUAACAAUUAUAAACAGAAUAUUACAUAAAAUUGAUUAAUUAGUAUUCUUGA